AUGGCUGAUAAGACUGAUAACCCGUUUGAAGAGUUGGGAGCAGUUGGGGGGCUUCAUGACAGUAAAAAAAAGACUUCGGUAAUAAAUACGAAUUUUAAUUGUGAACCUUGUCUCUUUGAAAACAUUGAAAAAGAAGCAAGUACAUUUUGUACGGAUUGUUCCGAGCAUUUAUGUGCUAGUUGUGCUCGUGAACAUAGAAAGAAUAAACUAUCAAGGAAUCAUAAGUUGUUCGAAGGUGAGGAUAUUUCAGAUAAAUUUACAACAAUUGCGGCAAUGAACAGAAUGAUGAAUUGCCCUGACCAUCUCGACACUGCUGUGACGUAUAAAUGUGAAGAUCACGAACAAUAUGUUUGCGUCACGUGUUUAGCAGAGUGUCACCGUAAAUGUAAAACGGUUAACGAAAUCGCAAAAGCUACUACCCCUGUAAAUGAGGACAUACAUGCCCGUGUAGAAGAAAUAUUAUCUCAACUACAAGACACUGCAACGGCUUCAAAAAGAGAAUCAGAAGAAAAUAUAACCACUUAUAAAGAUCAUCUGUCUAAAGUGAAAUUACAACAACAAAGUCUUUUCAACAGUAUUUAUGAAAAAUUGUCACAAGCAAAGGCCAAUCUUGAGUCCAAAACACUUAAUCUUGUUACUAAAGAAGUAAAUUAUCAUGAAAGGAAUUUAACGAAAUGUAAAGAAGCAGAUGUCGAAGGAGAAGAAUAUAGGAAGGUAUUUGAAUUUGUUAUGAAAUUUGGGAACUCUGCUGAGAGGAGUGUUAUGCCUCAUCUUAUAUUGACCAGAGCAAAAGAGUUACAUGAAACAAUCAAAACAGAAAAUAUUACAGAAAAGAAGUCACUUAUUUUUGAAACAACACUUGACAUGGAAAUAAUCGGAAAUAUUGCAAACAUAUCAAUGGUGCCCGCGUCUCUGAAUGAACAACAAGGAGCAAACACUGAUGUAAGUGUGUCCAGCGACGAAAUCCCUAGACCAGUUCAUACAUUAGAAGAAAAGGCAGACUCAUCGGUACAAAUUCGUCCAUCGAAAUGUAAUGCUACCACGCAAACCGAUGAAGUGGCUUUGCAGACUGGCCAUUUUGACACAUCUGGUGGCUCCAGCAGUUCCAAUAUUACACAAAAUCUUACAGAACAUGUAAAAAUCCCCAGUUUGAUGAAUAGAAACAUAAAUCAGCAGGGAGUUUCUUAUAAAGUUCGAUGCUCAGGAGAUAAAGCACGUUGUAAAAUUUAUGCUAUAAAAAUUCUGCCUGACGAACGUUUAGUUAUGAUUGAUAAUGCCAACAAGAAACUAAAAAUCUUUAAAGAAAGUUUUUCUCUAGUAUUUACAAAAGGUCUCUGUGAUCAUCCUUUUGACGUGUGUCAUGUAAGUGACAAAACAGUUGCAGUUUCUUUUGAAAAAUCAAUUCAAACGUUUGGUAUUGGAACAUGUAAUGCUCAUAAUUUAAGACAAUUCCCAAAAAAAUAUAUAAUACUUGCUAUUGCAAAAGUAGGAAAUGUCGAUGAAAUUGCUAUUCUUUUCGAAGAGUUUGAAAACGCCGCUAACAAAAGGCUUUUCUGUCAAAUUAGGGGUGCUAGAACUGGCCGAAUAUUUAAAACAGUCACUUUUGAAAAUCAGGUUGGCGUUCCCUUUGAAUUUCAGGAGGAUGGAAAUAGACGUAUUUUUUGUAGAGACAUGGAUGAAAUUUUAGUUUCAGAAUUUACUAAGCUUCACCGUUUCACCAAUACUGGUUAUUCCGAUCAUUCAAGCAACAUUUUCAAAGAGUCUUGGUUCUAUAAAAGCAGUGAUGGAAGCUAUUUGAAAGGUAUAACGGAUUUGGCAGCAGACGACGAUGGUAAUAUUUAUGUGUGUGGGUGUUUCUCCGACAAUGUAUAUCAGAUUUCAAAAGAUAAUUACCGUAGAAACAGGAUAAUUAUCAGCAACAUCAAAAAGCCAUUAUCAGUUGCUGUGAAUAGCAAAAUAGGUUAUGUGGUUAUUGGUUGUGGUGAUGAUGACUAUAUACAUAUAUAUAACUUUUGUUAG